UUAUGUUGCUCGUAGAGCUAGAUCUCCACCUCACUAUCUAGGACCCUUCUCCUUUCCAGGUACAUCUCUAAAUUUUCUAACUCCCAAGGGACGCUAGGCUCUCUACCUCUCCAUAGAUUUCUCUCACUCUCAACAAACCCCUUUACACCCUUCAUACAAACCACCAGAAACCCCAAUUCCUCUCGUUCACAAUCAAACACAUCCCACCACGCAGCUGGCAACUUAAUCUCGCAUUCCCGAGCCCCUAUAUAUACCGCAGCAACAGCCAAAGAGUUCGGUUGAUGUGUUAGGUAUAAAAGACUUGGCGAAAGCAACGCAUCUGUUAGAUAUCCGAACGAUCUCUUCACAAAUUCCGCCGAGAGCACCGAGAGUGACUGGAUGUAGUUUAUGCAAAGGGUGUAGGGCAGCGAAAGGUGUGUCUGGAAUCCACAGGCCUUUAGGAUCUCGCUUUCGACAUUGAGUAGGCGUGUUCGCUUGUUGUAAUAUUCCUGCUCUGUAACAUAGUACUCUUUCGGAGGUAUCGAUUCUCGGCCGGUAGCGGGGGCCGGGGAGAUCGGCGAAGGUGACGGGGUAUUGAGCAGAUAGGUAGUCACGUUUAUAAUAUCUCGGGGCUUCGCCGGAUGCUCUGUGAGCUUCGAAGAUAAGAAGAUUGCGGCGUGGCAGGUGUCGAUAAUCGCACAAGAACGCAUGCUCGACAGGAGGUAGAAACGCUGGAACAGGACUAUUGCCGUAGCAACUGUCUUCUGCGGCCUAUGAAAAGUCAGCAGUUGUACUGUAGCAUAAGACGGGGUGGAUGUAACGGGGGGGGAAGGGGUGACAUGCAAUCGCAAAAGUACGCCGGCGCCUUGAAUGAGCUCGCUUCCCGCCCAUCUCAAUGAGGUCUCUAGGUCAGCUGGAACCCCAUCAGCUCGGCUGGGUGAUGAGGCAAGCUGAUCCACUGUCGCAAGGGGGUUGCAGAGAAGGGAGACCAUGUUGACUUGAUUUGUAUAACGAGGUGAGGCAGCGGUUAUGUAUUCCACCGCUAUGUCAACCCGCUGGCAGCGCGGACGGGUGUGAUGACGAGAACCAGCGACAAGCUCUAAAUUUAAGAAUGGUAUGAUACGAUGUAAAGUGAGGCUCUGCGGCAGGGUCUCCUCCCUGGCAUGGUGAUGGGACAAGGCUGGGUUGAAGCGGUUACGGUAGAGUACGGGCACUUGCACCAAGGUUUUUGCUACAUAGGAAACACGACACUCUCUAUUCCGGAUAUGAUACCGUACCGGUACGGUGGUCUUCUCUCUCCUUGCGCCGGGACUCCGGGUUGGCGUGCGGGUGGGGAGCUCUCUAUAAAUGCCCCUUCCAGAUCCUGUAAAUUAAGUUCCCAAGGACCACCAAUCGAAGGCCGAGCGGUUGGGCGCUGACUACCGCAACAGUCCCACCGGCACCUGCUCUUGUCUAAUCCCAAGCUGGACGAGAGCUCAUCUAUUUCCCUUUGCUUUGUCAUAUCAUACCGGUGUGGCGCGAGGAAGGUUUUAGGGGUUUCUCUGGUCAUGUUUUCUGGGUUUUUAUCAUACCCAUAGAAUUUUCUGUUUGGGAUGAGGCUUAGUAGGUGGAUGUUUUUCAUCUGGAGGCAUGGCCUUGCCUUCCUCAGAGAGAGGAGGAACAACACAGCCAGGACCCAUCCUGUACAACCAACUCCACCACCUUCUCUUACUAUCAUAUCUGGAUGUUGUUUUCCCCACUCUUUUCUCUUGCUUUCUCACUGUGUUGUACUGUCAACUUUAUCAGCAUAAUUGUACACUCUUAUCUGAUUGAAUAUCACAUCACUGGCAUACAGCUAUCACAAUUGCACAGGUGUCAGCUUGGUCAAUCACACCAUCCAAAUUACGGAAGACAACCGAGACACUUCCACACCGGUACGGCAUUCCACCCUCUAAAACUUUCUUAGGUCAUCUUCGGAUGCAGGGGAAAAGAGCACGUGACCACAGGUGCUCAGUGCCUGUUUUCCCUGCCAGCUGCUCACACUCUCCUGUUACAUGAAGCAUCCGCAACCCUUUUACUUUCAGCCUAACAACCACCCGCUCAGACAUCAUGGGCGAAAAAAGCUGUGGCAAACCUCCGAAUUAUCCCUUUUGGUUCGGGGGUAGUGCGAGUUGUAUGGCUGCUUUCUUUACACAUCCUUUGUAAGUGUUAUCAAUGGAUUUGCCAUGAGCAUGAAAUAUAACUAACAUUGAAUAGGGAUUUGGUCAAAGUAUGUGCUUCUGGUGCGGUAGCUCUAAGCUCGUGAAUCGUGUCCCCUAAUACAAGGCUACGAGUUCUUAGGUCCGCCUCCAGACUAUGUCUAAGGUUCCCGGAGCACAAAUAUCAAUGGUUGGGACAUUCCUCAAGAUUGUCCGUUAUGAAGGUUAGAGGAAGCUGCCCCCUCUAUUUCAAUCUGAUUUUCAGGCCUAGGUUAUACUGAUGAGACUGUUGUGUGUGAUCGCAGGACCAAUUGCGGUUUAUAGUGGGGUAAGCCAUGGUGCAAGCCUACUGGGAGAGUACUUUAGGGCUAUCUUCUGACACUCUCCGAAGCUGUCCGCAAGCAUCCUGAGACAAGGUUUGCGCACUUGCUCUAGAUAAACUCAUGAAACGUAGUCACUCAAUAUUUAUUUGGGCUUUCAGCUACGUACUCUACAGCAAGGUUCGGUGUCUAUGCAGAGAUGAAGCAACACUUCUCGCCAGAUGACGAAAAGCUGCCUUUUGUAAAGCUUUCCGCUAUGGCGGCAGCUUCGGGCUGGUGAGGAGGCUCCUAUGACCCAUGCUCCAUGGCUUACAAUCCCCAGGAUAGGUGGCGCUGCAGGUAAUCCUGCGGAUAUCAUAAAUGUCCGCAUGCAGCAAGAUCGCGCAAAUCCUCCGGCUCGGCGUAGAAAUUACCGAAAUGCAAUAGACGGAAUCGCGCGUAAGUGAUUAUCUAAAUUCUUACCAAGGUCUUGACCGCUCCUGAUAUUGGGACAGGUAUGACGAGAGAGGAGGGCAUUCACUCCUUGUUUCGUGGGAUUUGGCCGAAUACUCUUCGGGCUGCUCUUAUGUCCACUUGUCAACUUGCCACCUACGACCAAUUCAAGGCGCAGCUUAUAAAGCUCCCCUUCUUUGAGGAUGGGUUGGUCACGCAUUUUAGUGCUAGCCUGAUGAGCGGGCUUGUUGCGACGACCGUUUGUUCGCCCGUGGACGUUAUAAAGACCAGAAUUAUGACCUCCCAUGAUUCUCGUGGUAUCGUGCAUCUCCUUACCGAUAUUACUGGGAAGGAGGGCGUCUCCUGGAUGUUCCGGGGAUGGGUUCCUUCGUUCAUCCGUCUAGGGUAUAUUUCUCGACAAACGCUCCGCUAUGGAAUUUGUGGCCGCUAACUAUGCAAAAGGCCCCAAACGGUCCUGACAUUCAUCGCACUCGAACAGCACCAAAAAGUCUGGCGGUGGAUGCACGACAAUAGACAUGAAAGCUUAACUUACUGAGAAAAUCACAGUUCCAUCCCCCAGUCUCUUCCAGAGUUGUAGAGAUUUUAGAGAUCACACGUAUCCAGCAUUAUAUCCCUGGAGUAUAGUAUUUUGGGCAUGUUAGAUUCCCCUAGUUUCCGUUUUUAGUCUUUUCCUAGGUUUUGUAUGCCGUUUGGCGCUCUCAUGGGUACACUAUAUCGGUUGAGUUUGCUGCCUUCAUGGUUUAUCGAACCGUUUAUUUAUUCGGCCUCUAAUUCCUAUUCUUUUUUUUCUUCCGUUAUUUGGGCGGGUGGCGGGUUCAUAGGUUCUCACUCAAAUGGCGGAGUCGGUGAAUAUACGAGUGCAGCCGCGUCCGUAAAGUUCUCGUAUAGUACCCUUUCUUGCGCCCCAAGAACUAAAACAAGAAAACAGAGGGAGGCUUCCAGACACUUGUUCCCAGAUAUGCCUCCAGGGAAAUUGUAAACUUUUGUCACAAUUUGUUUUUACUGAAGGCUGAGAGAGAGGGGAUUAGCGAAGUGCUCCUAAGGGCUGGGGCACUUGGAAGGGUGAGGACGUUUAUCGUAACUUUACGGAUGCCGUUGCGGGACGGGGGUUGCACCGGAGGGGGUAAUAUGGCGGGCUGUAGACUACCGGUACAGUACGAGUAUCAUACUUUUUUUUUUUUAUCUGAUAGAAUAUAACUGUUUAAGGUACAGACCUUGCAUAC